CCUCAACCUUUCCACGCUGACGGGAUGUUACGGGUUUUGCUGCUUACUCUCUCUCUAGUUGCCAUUGCUCAUGCUGAGCUCUGCAAGCCAGAUGCACAGAAUGCUUUCAAAGUACGGCUUAGUAUCAAAACAGCUUUGGGAGAUAAUGCAUAUGCCUGGGAUGCUAAUGAAGAGUACCUCUUCAAAGCAAUGGUGGCUUUUGCAAUGAGAAGAUAUUCCAGCAAGAGCACAACUCAAAUUUCCAAUGUGCUGCUCUGCAAUGUGACGGAUCGGGUGUCAUUUUGGUUUGUGGUCACAGAUUCUUCCAAAAAUGUGACAACUGUUCCUGAAAGUGAGGUAGAGGCAGCCAUCAGGAUGAACCGGAACAGAAUCAACAGUGCCUUCCUACUGAGUGACAAAACACUGCAGUUCCUGAAGAUAACCUCAACCUUAUCACCUCCUGUUGAACCCUCCACACCUGUCUGGCUUAUUGUAUUUGGUGUUGUUCUUUGUCUCAUUGUGGCUGGAAUUGUUUUCCUCAUUGUUGCAGGGAUUCAGCAACGCAAGAAAAAGAAUAAAGAAUCAACAGAGAGAGAAAAUUUAGAAGAGAAAGGCGAAGUGACAGUAACAAUAGAAAAUGGGAUUCCUUGCGAAGCGCUGGAUUUAAAAGCAGGCCACAUUAAUGGAGUCUUUGCAGCAGAUGAUGAACGGUUCACGUCCUUAUGAAAUGCUGCCAUUGCUCUCUGGUGGUUUUUUGAAAGACUCCUGUGCCUACCUUAUCUCGUCACUGCUCCUGAAUAUCAAACCUGAAGACAAGAAAAAUGUCCUUUCACUUAAUUUCCCUUGAGAAGAACCUUUUGCUGAUAAGACAUAUACUCGAACCUCCAUUGCAAAGCUUUCGUUCAUGAGCAAAGCAAAUGAGAAGACCUCAAAUGAUAUCCAUUAAAGAUUUCUGGAAGAUGUGUGGCAGAACAGGGUUAAAGCCUGCCUUGUGUCAGGCAUUUAAUUUUUAAUGA